AAUAUUAAGCUUUUAUCUGCUCCAGUAACUUGAAACUUGAAACUUUCUAUCAUUCUGGCUCUACAGUGAUCACAGCUUUGGAUAUGGAGGCCAUGACCAACACAGUAAAAGGCUGGAUUGAGAACCCAGUGAAGUUUGCCCGUUCCCACGGCAUUACUCUGUCUUCUGCAUCCAACGAUGCCAACCCAGACGAGCAGACCCACAUUCUGAUCGUGGAGGGCUUCCUGCUCUACAACUACCCACCCCUGCUGGAUGUUUUUGACAAGAGCUAUUACAUCACAGUUUCCUAUGAGGAAUGCAAGAGAAGGAGAAGUACAAGACAGUACACUGUUCCCGACCCUCCCGGCCUGUUUGAUGGCCAUGUGUGGCCGAUGUACCUGAAGCACAGGAGAGAGAUGGAGAACAGCGGCUUGAAUAUUGAGUGCCUGGAUGGGUUGAAGUCCAAAGAGGAGAUCUACAACCAGGUGUAUGAGGACAUUCAGAACAAUCUGCUUAACCGUUUAUAGCAGGAAGACUACUCUCCAUCUCUGUACAUAACUUGUAAAUAGGCCCGCGAGUUUUUUUUAUGAAGUUUUUUGUA